AUGUCUACUCAGUCAGUGCAGUGUUUUGGUAAAAAGAAGACCGCCACCGCCGUUGCUCACUGCAAGGCUGGCCGCGGUCUUAUCAAGGUCAAUGGACGACCUCUCUCGCUCGUCCAGCCCGAGAUCUUGCGCUUCAAGGUCUACGAGCCUCUUCUCGUUGUUGGCCUUGACAAGUUCGCCAACGUGGACAUUCGCUGCCGGAUCUAUGCCAUCCGACAGGCCAUCGCCAAGUCCCUGAUCGCCUACUACCAGAAGUUUGUCGAUGAGCACUCCAAGAACCUCCUCAAGCAGGCUCUCGUCCAGUUCGACCGAACCCUCCUCGUUGCCGACAACCGCCGAUGCGAGCCCAAGAAGUUCGGUGGUAAGGGUGCCCGCUCUCGCUUCCAGAAGUCUUACCGUUAA